AUGGCCUUCCGCGUCGGUGUCACUGCCGCUGUGACAAACAACUUCGAGCCCAUCAUCAUCUCGGGCUUAGGGUAUGAUAAUAGCAAGAAGACCGCGUUGCUCAACAUCCCUUUCGGCUUUGUUCAACUCAUGGUAAUCUUCCCACCAUCAUACUUGGCUCAUCAAUUCCGUAUCAAAUCGGCUUCCCUAGCGGUAAUUCUCGCUCCUCUACUGGCGGUUGCCGUCAUGCUGUACGUUCUAGGCCGGAACUACGUAUCUCUGCUGUUGACAGCAUACCACAUGCUUACUUUCGUCUUCGGCGGCAAUCCCCUCGUUGUGUCUUGGAUAAUAUCCAACAUUGCCGGCACCACCAAGAAGUCUGCCAUCAUGUCAUUGUUCAAUGCCGGAUCGUCUGCCGGUAAUAUCGUAGGCCCGCUGCUCUUCUGCACGAAAGAUGCUCCGGAGUAUAAGCCUGGCCUUACCAAGGUCAUGAACAUCGCCCGCGCGCUGCUUGCUAUUACUGCUUUAUAG